GCGAGCCGCCGCGCGGGUGCCGAGCCUUAAAGUGACAUGGGCCGGAGCGGGCUCCCUUACGGCCGACAUGGCGGCAGCUAGGGGCGGCCGGCCGCACACGCUGGGGCUCGGAGGGCGUCUCUCCGCGAAUGAUCUGCAAAACACUCAGAGCUCUACAUCAGCCACAGAUGGACUCUCUUCAGCUUCAUUUAUAGACUAUCCAAAGCACAAGCCAUUUAUUAAUUCAGAUUUGCAGCGUUCCCCAUGGAAACCAGUAAUUCCAUAUCCUGAAAGCCACAGCAGAGCAAUAUUUUCUGCUCUGAAGAAUCUCCAGGAAAAAAUUCGUCAGCUGGAGCUGGAACGGUUUGAGGCAGAGGAGAAUGUAAAACACCUCAGCAAGGAAACAGCAAACUUUAAAAAAAUACUGAGUGAACAAAUGCAAGACAAAGAACGGGACAAGACUGAAGUGUCAAAGAAAAAUCAAGAACUGACUUCGCAGCUGGCAGCUGCUGAGUCUCGAUGCAGACUUCUAGAGAAACAGCUGGACUACAUGAGAAAAAUGAUCCAGCAUGCAGAAAAUGAGAAGUCACAUCUCUUGGAGAAACAGAACUUCUUGGAGAGAAAUCGGCUUAUUGACCAGUCACAUGUUCAGUCUAAAUUGGAAAAGCUGGAUAUACUGGAAAAAGAGUACAGCAGACUAACUACAAUGCAGUCCACAGCAGAGAGAAAAAUGAAAGAGCUGGAACAGAAGCUUCAUGAGGAAGAACAUGCAAGGAAGCUUGUUCAGGAAAAAGCAGCUGAGCUUCAGACAGGCCUGGAAACCAACAGACUGCUGAUUCAAGCAGCAUCCCCACUGCUUUCUCCAAAAGCAAGACAACCCAGGAAAAAAGCUAAGCAGCCAGAAAAGAAAUGCUCUGUCAGACAUUCUACUCUGCAGCCCCAUUACAGGUUGUGUCUGGGUGAUGUACCCUUUGUGGCUGGGAAGUCUACCAGUCCCAGUCAUUCGGUUUCUGCCAAUGUGCAACAUGUGCUACACCUGAUGAAACAUCACUCGAAAGCUUUGUGUAACAGACAUGUGGUGAACGAUUGUCCAGCAAAACCCACCAGUGCUGGUCAUCCUGCCAGCAAAAGCAGGCAGACAUACAUGCCAAUGGACUCAUCCUCAUCUCAGGAAGAGCUCUCAGAAGUGUUGCUGACUUUACAAGAUGAAUUGGGACAGAUGAGUUUUGAUCACCAGCAGCUGUCAAAGCUCAUCCUGGAAGCCCCAAGUGAUACAGUGAGGGAAGAUCUGGAGAGGGAACUUGAGACACUGGUGGAAAGGAUGGAAGCAAAGGCAGACCAAAUCAGCAAAGUUCAGAAGCAUCGUUUGCAGCUAGAAAGACUUAAGAGAGAAUACAAGUCCAGAAGGACUUCUGCUAAACAAAUAAAAGACAGCAGGUUCCCAGUCAGUGAGGUUAAAGUAACAACAACAAUAACCACAAAAGGAAAGAAUGCAGGUCCUAUCAAAGUGAAGCCUGGAGAAAAGAGUCGGAAAAAUCUUCAGUUGCUGAGAGACAUGCAGACCAUAAAGACUUCACUACAGGAAGAUGAUGUCAGCUGGGACUACUGACUCUUUUGCAGGAGAUGUUCUUGAAGCAUCCUAACCAAACUCACAUUCUGGAUCUAAAGCAGCUGCCUUUCUUGCUGUGUGGAAGACUACUGUACGCUAAGCACAUUUUUGAAAUACAGGCUUACAGGCUCUUGACUAUCCAUCCCUGAAUUUGACUGAAUAUAUUAUGGUCUAACUUAAAUCAUGUUCCAUUUUCAAGGUACAUGGCCAGUGAAUCUUAAUAGUAGGGUUCCCCCAGUUCCCUAUGUUAUGGUUCCAGCAGUCUCUCUGUUUUGUUCCAGCACACCGAGCACUGCACACUUACAUGGGUUGGUGUGUGUGUGUGAUGCGCCAAUGCCAUUUCCUGCUGUUGAUCUGGGAGGCCUCUCGGGAUGCAUCUUGUAUGAAAACAGUGCUGCAGUCCUGGGUGGUGAGGGCUUUUGUCAGUUCUGUUCUGUGUGCAGCUGCAAUGACUACCAUCUCUAGGAGUGUCUGAGGGAGAACAGGUAAACCCCUUCAAAGGUGUUCAGUGGGGCUCUCUACAACAGGCAUCCCUGCUUCUUGAUCUGCUACAUUGCAUUAGUCAGCAUCAGUGGGAGUGGAUGUUUGACUACUUUGAAAAGGAGCAAAGUAAUUUAUGAAUUACAUUGCUUAAUGAUCAAGUGAAAUGUUUAUACAGAAAUCCUGCUUUAGGGAAAUGCUGUAGGCUAGGGGGUAAUACCUGUCUCUAGCCAACAGCUUUGGGUGAUAAGGGAGUGAGAGAAACCAUACAAGUGUUUCAAAUUGCAAGUGCCUCAAUUGUGCCAUUUAGUCCUGGCAUCUUGCUUUUAACUUAAGUAUGUGCUUUGAUGAGCUAUCAACUUUGGUAGUAGUGCAAUUAAGUUUGUGCUCUGACUUGCACAGUAGAUUAAAUGUUAUUUAUUAUGUUAAUAAUGUACAGAAUUUCCUGUUAAUGAAUGUAUAGAAGACCCAGAUUACCUGUAUAUACAGUUGAAAAAUAAUAAAGCCAGCUUGCCUGUUGAAUUAAUUGUAGGAAAGCUGCACUUCCUCUACAUUAGCUGGGUGUUUGCUGCAGCACUGUGCCACAGCCAGUGGGCCUUUCAUGGCAAGGUGACUUCUCCCUGGUCAGGGUGAUGAAUGAGAGCUGCAAGUAAGGUUAAAGACAGAGUAGUCCACCUUUGCCUGUAGCUGAACAGGCAGAAAACUGCAGGGUCAGCAAAGGAGAAAGGGGUUGAGUUUGUUGCCUGUAGGUGAUCCACCCAGCUCGUCUCCUUGCUCAUAGGGUGUUAGAUGCUGCUAACUAGGUAUAAUUGGAGUAAAGACUUAAAGAGCAGUUUGUGCCAGGGUUCCUAAAAAUUCAGUAGCCGAAACUCACACUUGGUCAUUUUGCUUGGAAAGGGCCUCUGGAGAUAGCCCUGUCCCUGGAAGUUUUCAAAGCCAGGUUUGAUGGGGCUUUGAGCAACCUGGUCUAGUGGAAGAUGUCUCUGCCAAUCGAGGGGGUAGAACUAGAUGAUCUUUGAUGGUCCCUUCCAACUCAAACCAUUCUGUGAUUCUGUUUUUAUAAUACUGAGCAGCUAAGCGCUGUAUCUGUAUUAAUCCUGGUCUGUAUGGGAUAAAUGAAACUUGUCCAAAGAUGAA